AUGGGAGCAUCUCUCUACGGUCACCGUUCGCCUUGCAUGCUGGGCGUAUUGUUAUCGCUGCUGUUGGCAUCUCUCGUCAUUUCACCAUCCGCUGCGGAUGACGGUGGUGUGUCUGUGCAGGUGUCGGCCAACCGCGAGGAGUGUUUCAUUGAAGACAUCUCCGCUGUGGGCGUGAAGGUGUUUCUGCACUAUCUUGUGGUCUCUGGCGGCUCGCUGGAUAUUGAUGUGACGAUCACUGGCCCGGGGAAUGAUCUCAUUUGGACCUCGCAGCGGGACCCGGAGGGGCGGGUGCUCUUCAAGACCCGCGCCAUUGGGAGACACACAUUCUGCUUUUCAAACAAGAUGAGUACCAUCACGGAGAAGGUGGUGGCAUUCUCUAUUAUGGUAGGGAAUGGUGAGAGCAGCGGCGGCGUCGGGGCUCCCAUCAAUUCUGGAGAACAGCCUUCCGCAAAGGGAAAGGAUCCACUGGAGCGGUCAAUUAUGCGCAUUCAACAAGGACUGCGUGAGGUGCAGGAGGUGCAGCGUUAUCUCAGGGGACGGGAACGGGUACACCGUGCGACAACAGAGGUGGCAAACACCCGCGUCGUUCUCUGGUCGACAUUAGAGAUUGUUGUCAUUGCAUUAAUGGGCGUAGGUAAUGUGUGGUACUUGCGGAGAAUGCUCAACAAGCGAAGAAUUGUAUAG